AUGGCAGCCUCAGGUGGGUCGGUGACAGCGCGCGGGCGCUCCCCGGARCCUCCCCACUCGCGCGCACCUUGUCCCCGUGCCGCCCUCUGGCGCCACCCGCACCCUUCGGGGCGUUCUCCCUCWCUCGCUUCUGUUUGCGGGGAUCUUUUCAGCCUCUUGGAGCUUCUGAGGGUCAUUUCCUUCAGUCCCACCAACUCUGUGAACUUAGAGACGAGUGAAAGAAAGGUGGAGGACCGAGUUGUCUACACCGGCGGAAAGCUUCUCUUAGGGUCUCAUCGGGUGCCCAGAAGAUGUGACAUCCUCAUAAUCUACAGCCCGGAUGCAGAGGAAUGGUGCCAAUACCUCCAGGACCUUUUCCUGACYAGUCGGCAGGUCCGCAGCCAGAAGAUGCUGACACACCGGCUGGGCCCCCAGACCUCCUUUUCUGCCGAGGACCUGCGCCUCUUCCUGAGCCCCCGCUGCGUGUUGGUGCUGCUGUCUGCAGAGCUGGUGCAGCACUUCUACCAGCCUGCGCUGCUGCCUGUGCUGCAGAGGGCCUUCCAGCCGCCGCGACGCGUGGUCAGGCUGCUGUGUGGGGUUCAGGGCAGUGAGGAGGAAUUCUCGCACUUCUUCCCCAACUGGGCCCACUGGCAGGAGCUCACCUGUGACGACGAGCCUGAGAUCUACCUGGAGGCCAUGAGGAAGGCCAUUUCUGAAGAUUCUGGCUGUGACUCAGUCACUGACACAGAGCCUGAGGACGAGAAGGUCCUUCCCUACUUGAAGCAGCAGAACUUGCCAACGGAGACUUCACCUGGGAACCCGAUGGUGGUGCAGCCGGACCGCAUUCGCUGUGGGGCAGAAACCACUGUCUACGUCAUUGUGAGAUGUAAGUUGGAUGAGAAGGUGGCAACAGAAGCAGAAUUUUCUCCUGAGGAUUCUCCGUCCAUAAGGGUGGAAGCCACUCUGGAGAAUGAGUACACGGUGUCCGUGAAGGCUCCCCACCUUUCAUCGGGGAACGUUUGUCUGAAGAUAUAUUCUGGGGACUUAGUGGUGUGUGAAACCAUUAUAAGCUAUUAUACUGACAUGGAAGAAAUUGGGAAUUUAUUGUCCAAUGCUGCAAAUCCUGUGGAGUUCAUGUGUCAGGCCUUUAAAAUUGUGCCCUACAACACAGAGACCCUGGAUAAACUGCUCACCGAGUCCCUGAAGAACAACAUCCCUGCAAGUGGACUACACCUCUUUGGAAUCAACCAGCUGGAAGAAGAAGAUAUGAUGACAAAUCAGAGGGAUGAAGAGCUGCCCACCUUGUUGCAUUUUGCUGCAAAGUAUGGGCUGAAGAACCUGACCGCCUUGCUGCUCACAUGCCCAGGAGCCGUGCAGGCAUACAGUGUGGCCAACAAGCAUGGCCACUACCCCAAUACCAUCGCUGAGAAGCAUGGCUUCAAGGACCUGCGGCAGUUCAUCGAUGAGUAUGUGGAGACUGUAGACAUGCUGAAGAGUCAUAUUAAAGAGGAGCUGAUGCACGGGGAGGAGGCCGAGGCUGACGCCGUGUACGAGUCCAUGGCCCACCUGUCCACAGACCUGCUCAUGAAAUGCUCCCUCAACCCCGGCUGUGACGAAGAGCUGUAUGAGUCCAUGGCUGCCUUCGCCCCUGCGGCCACUGAAGACCUCUAUGUUGAAAUGCUUCAGGCCAGUACAUCUAAACCUGUCCCUGGAGAUGGCUUCUCUCGGCCCACUAAGGACUCUAUGAUCCGCAAGUUUUUAGAAGGGAACAGCAUGGAAAGGGCUAACUGGAAGAGAGAGCAGCACCAUCCUGGUGGGGAAGAAGAUGUUUAUCACAUAGUGGAUGACGACGAAGCCUUUUCUGUGGACCUGGCCAGCAGGCCCCCUGUCCCAGUGCCCAGGCCAGAGGCCAGUGCUCUUGGCACUCAUCAGUUGCCGGACAAUGAACCGUACAUUUCUAAAGUUUUUGCAGAAAAAAGUCAAGAGCGGCCUGGAAAUCUCUAUGUUUCCUCAGAGAGCAUCAGAAAAGAGCCGCCCGUCAGGCCAUGGAGGGACAGGCCCCAGUCGAGCAUCUAUGACCCAUUUGCCGGGAUGAAAACACCAGGCCAGCGGCAGCUCAUUACCCUSCAGGAGCAGGUGAAGCUGGGCAUCGUCAACGUGGAUGAGGCMGUGCUGCACUUCAAAGAGUGGCAGCUCAACCAGAAGAGGCGAUCUGAGUCCUUUCGCUUCCAGCAGGAAAAUCUUAAACGGCUAAGAGAUAGCAUUACCCGAAGACAGAGGGAGAAGCAAAAAUCAGGAAAGCAAACAGACUUAGAGAUCACAGUCCCCAUUCGGCACUCACAGCACCUGCCUGGAAAAGUGGAGUUUGGAGUCUAUGAGAGCGGCCCCAGGAAAAGCGUCUUCCCCCCAAGGACAGAGCUGAGACGAGGAGACUGGAAAACAGACAGUACCUCCAGCACAGCGAGUAGCACAAGUAACCGAUCCAGCACACGGAGCCUCCUGAGUGUGAGCAGCGGGAUGGAGGGUGACAACGAGGACAAUGAAGUCCCCGAAGUUACUAGAAGUCGUAGUCCGGGCCCCACACAAAUGGAUGGACCACUUACUAUUCCCCUUGAGAGGCCUCCCCGGGUGCCUCCUCGAGCUGCCUCCCAGAGACCUCCAGCCAGAGAGACCUUCCUUCCUCCUCCACCUGUUCCACCCAGAGGUCGCUGAUUCCGUCUCCUAAGACCUGCCUUUUUAAGACUUGCAAUUUCCAGCCUGUUAAUGAUGACUUCAUGUUGAGUUUUCUGGCAUGACUGCUGACUUUAAGAUCCAGUCUCAUUGCUGACAUUGUUGCAACCCUGCUGGCUUGGGUUAUCCUUGAAGAGGAAUGAAGAAGUGAAAACCAAGGACUUGAUUCACCAUCGUCAAGUAUUUUGAUCUUCUUUCUUGUUUGCCAAAAGGAUGAAGACUCAAUCAGGACACUUACCUCAAAUCUCUCAUAUCAGAAAUMUAACGAGUGAUCAGAAAUGUACUUUAUAAGUGAUUAUAUGGCAGUGCACUUAUAUUAGUCCCUAUGUA